CCCUUAAGGGCCGCUACGGACCACAACAUCGACAACACAACUGAAGUGCUGCGGGAAUGGUUAAAAAAUGUCCAGCAAGCUUACCAUUACGUGGAGUGGAGGCCUCUGGAUCAUCCCAAGUUCUACGCCGAUGAAAUUGGCCCAAAGCACUGGUCCAGUUCGAGGUUCUCGCACAUGAUGAAACUCAGGGAAAUGGCCCUGAAAACAGCCAGGGAGAAGUGGGCAGAUUACAUCCUGUUUGUAGAUACAGACAACUUCCUGACGAAUGAGCAGACGUUGAACAAGAUGAUCGCUGAAAAUCUAACUGUGGUCGCCCCCAUGCUGGACUCCAGUUCCUUGUACUCAAACUUCUGGUGUGGUAUGACCCCACAGGGUUACUACAAGCGGACUCCGGAUUACGUUCCCAUCCGUGAGUGGAAGCGUUUGGGUUGUUUUCCCGUUCCCAUGGUGCAUUCGACAUUCCUCAUCGACCUGCGCAGGGAAGCGACCAAAAGCCUGGCCUUCUUCCCCCCGCAUCCAGACUACACCUGGGCUUUCGAUGACAUCAUCGCCUUCUCAUUUUCCACCAAAAUGGCAGGCAUCCAGAUGCACAUAUGCAACAAGGAACACUAUGGCUCUCUACCGGUACCCCUGAAGGCAGAACAGACGUUAGAAGAGGAUGUUGAAAGCUUUGUGCACAUUCUGCUGGAGACGAUGAUUGAUGACCCUCCCAUGGAGCCUACCAUCCACGUUUCCUUGCCUCCCAGGAACCCAGACAAGAUGGGGUUUGAUGAGAUCUUCAUGGUAAACCUCAAACGCAGGAAGGACCGGAGGGAUCGAAUGCUGCGGACACUAUAUGAACAGGACAUUGAUGUCAGGAUAGCAGAUGCUGUGGAUGGGAAGGCCCUCAACACAAGCCACCUGAAGGCACUUCACAUUGAAAUGUUGCCAGGGUACCAUGACCCCUACUCAGGCCGCAUCCUUACAAGGGGGGAGAUCGGCUGCUUCCUCAGCCAUUACAACAUCUGGAAAGAGGUUGUUGACCAAGGUCUGAAGAAGGUUCUUGUCUUAGAAGACGACAAUAGGUUUAAGCCACAUUUUCGAAGGAAAAUAGCAAAGCUGAUGGAAGAUAUUGAGCAGAACCAGCUGGAUUGGGAUCUCAUUUACAUCGGUCGAAAGAGAAUGCAAGUGCAACAGCCAGAAAAAUCGGUGCUAGGGAUUAUGAACCUGGUGGAAGCAGAUUACUCAUACUGGACUCUGGCCUACAUCAUAUCCCAGCAAGGAGCCAAGAAACUGCUGGCAGCUGAACCGCUUGGGAAGAUGUUGCCUGUGGAUGAGUUUCUGCCCAUCAUGUACAACAAACAUCCACAAGAGGAUUACAAGAUGUUCUAUGAGCCUCGGGACCUGAAGGCCUUCUCCGUGGAGCCUCUGCUGAUAUAUCCCACCCACUACACCGGAGAAGCGGGCUACGUCAGCGACACGGAGACCUCCGUCAUCUGGGACAACGACGACAUCGCCACCGACUGGAGCGACCAGCUGUCCAGCAAAACGAAUGAGCAGGGAGAGAUCGGCACUGAGGCUCAGAACACUGAGGCCUUACAACCUCAGGCCCCCUUUGGGGCAACAACCCGAGAUGAAUUAUGAAGCAGCUAAACACUGGCCAGUUCCGAUCAGUGAUCGGGACCAACACCUUCCUGUAGUUUGGGUAAAAUGCCUUCUGGAAGGCAGCUUAGAAACAAAACAAUCUAAUGUGACAUAGAAUUAACUGAGAGCUGGAGUAUUAAUCUUUGUUGGAUCAUUUAACUGUCAAAGUGUGACACAGCAGCAGCUAAUUAUGGUGGUGAAUUAUUAAUUAAUGUUGAUUUAAUUGAUGUUGAAUUCUCCGAUUUAUUUUGAAGGUGAUUCCUCCUCUCCCCACCCCCUCCCUCCACCAUUUUACCUGUCUUUGCAGAUAAAAAAAAGGAACUGCAGACGCUGGUUUACACAAAAGGAGAGAAAAUGCUGGAGUAACUCAGUGGGUCCAGGCAGCAUCUCCUGAGAGCUUGGAUGGAUGAUGUUUCAGGUCACGACCCUUCUUCAGAGGGUCAUGACCCGCGAUGUUAUUGGCGGCACGGUGGCGCAGCGGUAGAGCCGCUGUUUCACGGCGCCAGAGACCCGGGGUCGAUCCUGGGCUCGAGUGCUGUCUGUGUGUGGGAUUCGCACGUCCUCCAUGUGGUUUUCUCCGGGUGCUCCGGUUUCCUCCCACAUCCCGAAAGACAUGCAGGUUUGCAGGUUAAUUGGCCUCUGCAACUUGCCUCUAGUGUGUAGCAUGCAAAACUGGGAUAGCAUGAUAGAACUAGUGUACCGAUGAUCGCUGGUCGGCGCGGACUCGAAGGGUCUGUUUCCAUGCUGUAUCACUAAACUAAACUAAAGAUGCUGCCUGACCCGUUGAGUUACUCCAGCACUCUGUGUCCUUACCCUGUCUUGGCUUGCGUACACCCACUGCCUUUAGCAGAGGGCUCUCGGGUAUGGAGUCUUUGCUUGUCUUAUCCAAGGGGUAAGAUAUGAUCCAUUACUGUGCAACUUUGUUACAUUGACAACAGCCCAGAAAGGAUAUUAAAUUAUGGUGCACUCCAGGGCCAAAUAUGAGCUGUGCUCGCGACUUAAUGGCUAUUAAUCCAACUAUUGCAAGACUAAUGAGGGCUAAAUUUUCAAACUGCUGUUAAUUUCAAAGGACAUUUUUUGGUGCCUCAAAUCAAUGUUCAGAAUAAUUCUGCUGGUACGGAUUUCUUAUAACUGUUUAUCCGGAUAUCAUUACGUUAAAUGAUGAUGUUUGUGUGUGUUUCUAUUUAUUUUUUCUCCUCUCUUGUGAAAACGCUUAAUUGCAAACGGACACAAUUGUGUGGACGUUCGUGCUGUAAAAUUUAACCUCGCUCUUGUUUUCCUCCUGAAAAUAAUAUUAAACUGGUCAGUUUAACUGUU